GUGCGCUGAGCAUGUACGCCAUCAAUUACCGCUUGUAGUUAUAUAGAUAUAUUGCAGAGUGUUCAAACAGUGUUGUUUUCAGUUUUCCUCUUAGCAAAAUCCGAAUCUGCUUUAUUCGCUUGGUUAUACCGAGAAAUUCCCUACACGUAAGAUAACUUCCAUAUCUAGCCCUUGACAGGUUACUACACUAUCACAUAAGAAUUAAUAUAAACACCUUCGCACGUUUCUAGUACAAUAUGCGGAUCAAGCAGAGGCUGCUAGUGCUAUCAAAUACAGCUGCUGAUAGACCCCUCACCAGCGAUAACCUGUAUGCAAUGGAGGUCAUCGGUGAACGGCUGCAUGAUAUUGCAGAGGAAAUGGUACUUAAACACAAAUACGACAAAGAGAUCAAGAAGAACGGCCGCCUGGUGAUCAACCACCUGCAUGAGAUGUACGACACCCCCAUAGACUACCUCAAGGUAGUGCUACUGACACGCGCCUACGAACUACUGCCAGGCGAAUACCAGCCACGCACAGCAGCACGCCGUCCCUCGGCCACGGCACUCAAGAGGGCAGUGUACAGCGCAGAUGAGUGCAAACGCAUGGAUCGGGAGAGGAGAGAGAGAGAGAAGGCAAGCAGGAAGUGUCUGGGCUGCAACAAGCGGUUUACGGCGAUGAGUGUGGUGAAGCCGGGCUCGGGUGGGGAGCUUUCGGCGGUGGAGUCGAUACCGUCGUGGACUGAGGAGAGCGGAGGUAGGGGGAUGGACGAGGUAGGUAUGGCUGACGAGAACAGUGCAGAGGGGGGUUGCGAAGAGGCUAAUAAUAGAACAGAUACCUACACCCCAACCAGUUUACCGGAUGUGGAGAUAUCGCAUCCAGCUGCACAGUCCGAGCCAAAGGAGACCCCCAAAAGUACUAGAGUGCCUACCCCCAGUAAACGCAGUAGAAAACCGCGCGUAAGGCUGGGUGUGGUGAGUGGGGGGGAGAUAGACUCAGAGGACGAGGUCUCCCAUUCGGAUAGCAGCGCUAGUGCGUGUAGUAGCGACAGCGGGCGAAGGCGAUACACCAGUAGCAGGACGGCGAGCAAAGUAUAAAGGCAAGCACAGACUUUCCAGAUGGUGUACAAGAAUCAAUUAUGAGUUUAAUGUUUGUGUGAGACUCUUAGUGGGUGGUUACUUGACCUGAAUUGGACAACAGGCUACACCCAAAAUUACAAUGUUCGAUCUAGGAUUGCCUUUGUGGCGCGGUGGUUUUUGGUUUCAAAUUAUUUUUCGAUUUCUCGCACCAUUCCACUGAGUGUUUGUUUUCGUCACAGCAGAGCUAAACGAUCACAUGUUCUCUUUCUCUGAUCCGUUUGCGUUAUAUCUCCGCGUAGGUACAUCUUUAUACAUACCCGUAUGCCCCACACUAUCGUUUGCCCCUUUGGCGCUGGUACUAUGCGCGUCAAAGUGCCCUUCCUGGUCAAAGUACGCACCCCGCGGACUUGGACCGUCCCCCACCAUACCUUGCUUAGAUAUACCUGCCUUAGCCUUACCCGGCAUAGGUACACCUUGUUGGCUCAUCUCCGCGCGCUCGCCCGUUAGCUUGCGCCCAAUCAGAGCCAUUAGAUUCUCAGCCGACACCUUCUUCUGCAGUGCUACGUCGUUCCGGGGACUUACUCUCACAUUCAACUCUCUUCUGCCAAGCACAGGCGCUGUGCUUACACGCACGUAUUCGUUGUCCGAUGCAUGCACAUCCUCGCCGCAAAUGUUCCGAAGUGUGUCUCCGCUACCCCGCAGCUCACCCCCAACAUUGGUACUGUUCUCGAUGUGCAUUUUGUCCGCCACUACACCCGGAGAAAUAAAUUUGGUUCGAGUGAUCGGGCCACCUCGGUUCCCAUAGUCCACCUUCGGUGCUGCACCCAUUCGACCACUAUCGCUCUGGCCCACAUUUUGCCCCUCAAGGUGAGGCGGAUGUCCGAAUUCC